UUUCUAGUAACUCUCAAUUAAAUAAUGGUUGUUUACAGCAUUGGUAGUGAAUCAGAAUAAUAAUAAUAAAAGUUUAAUAAAAAUGUCUUAUAUUAUUAUGAAAAACUUAACUCAAGUUAGGCACCAUUCAAGAAUUAUGAUGGCAAUGGAAAAUAGUCUGCCACAUUUACCAGUUCCACCUUUGCAUCAAACUAUGAAUAAGUAUAUUAUAGCACUCGAGCCAUUAUUAAAUAAAAACCAGCUUGAAAAAACAAAGAAAUUAGUUUCUGAAUUUCUAGUACCUGGUGGUGUUGGUGAAAAACUCCAGCACAAGUUAGAAGAAAAGGCAAAAGUUACAGAUAAUUGGUUAGCAGAUUGGUGGAAUAGCUAUGCUUACUUUGAGUACCGGGAACCACUUGUUAUUAAAUCUAACCCGGGAUUCAGCUUUCCUCUGCAACAUUUUGAACAAGAGCUUGAUCAGUACAGGUUCACUGCAAAGUUGAUUAGAGCAGUCGUGAGUUGUAAAGAACUAAUUGACAGUGAAAGUAUUCCUGUUGAAUAUUCUCGUGGAAAUCCUUUAAGUAUGAUGCAGUAUAAAAAUAUUUUAUCAACAUGUCGUAUUCCUCUACCAGACAGAGAUACUAUAGUUUUUGCACCUCCUGACUGUUCUCGCCAUAUGGUUGUUGUAUAUAAAAAUCAAUUUUUCAAGUUAAAUGUUUAUGAUGAAGAUGGUUGUCCUUUAAGUGAAACUCACCUAAUACAGCAGUUAUUUCAUAUUACUAGUAUGUCACUUGAAAAAGAUGAAUGUUCUGUUGGAGUUCUCACUACCCAAGAUCGAAAUACUUGGGCUCAAAUUUGGAAAUUGUUAGCAACAGAUUCAAUAAACAAGGAGAAUGUUGAUUGCAUUGUCAACUCUAUAUGUUUGAUUUGUCUUGAUCAACCAGUAUCUGUUGAACCUACUCAAUACAAGUACGAGUUUUCAAAUUUGAUUGGUCAAAUGGUUCAUGGAGGAGGUACUCAUGAAAACAGCAUGAAUAGAUGGUUUGACAAAGUUUGCCAGUUAAUAGUAAACAGAAAUGGAAUGGUUGGUCUUUGUUAUGAACACUCAGCAGCUGAAGGUUCUAUUGUUAUGGCUUUAUGCAAUCAUGUUUUAGAUAUGAUUAAAAAUGUAUCAAUGACUUCUGAAAUUAAUGUUUCAAAUGUAAAGUCUAGCCUUCCCCCUUUGAAAUUUAAAUGGAACUUAAACAGUGACAUUAUUAAUGAAAUUGAAUUAGCGAAACAACAUGUUGAUCAGUUGACGAAAGACUUGGAGUUGCGUGUUUUCCACUUUGAUCAAUUUGGUAAAAAUGUCCCUAAAAGUUAUAAUUUGAGUCCUGAUGCUUUUUUUCAAGUUAGUCUACAACUUGCUUAUUUCAGACUGCACAACCAACACCCUUCAACAUUUGAGGCUGCUUCAAUUCGAAAGUUUGCCAAGGGAAGAACAGAAACCAUUCGUUCGGCAACACCUGCCGCUAUUAGGUUUGUUCAAGCAAUGGAUAACAGCAGUAAAAAUAUUACUGAGAAAAAGGAAUUAUUUUUGAACGCUAUAGAAGCGCAUGUGCAAUACACCAACGAGGCUCUUAAUUUGCAAGCUAUUGAUCGACAUUUGCUUGGGUUAAAGCUAACUGCUUUAUCCACAGGACUACCUUUACCUGAGGUAUUUUGUGAUACUGCCUAUAAAAACGCCAUGUAUUUUCAUCUAUGUUCAAGCCAGAUCGCUUCUUCACAUAUGGUAGGUGUAAUUUUUGCCCCUGAAGUUCCAGAUGGAUAUGGUGUAUGCUACAAUCCUAUGGAAACAAAAUUUAUAUAUGUGGUGUCUGCUUACCAUAGCGACUUAAAUACAAAUGCAGGAGAUUUCGGUGAAUCGAUUGCGCGCGCAAUGGAGGAUAAUUAUAUUCUACUUAUCAAUCAAACUUUUUAAAUUUUUUAACGAUUUAAUAUUUUGUAAUAAGAAACAAAUUUAUAUUAUUUUUUUGCAUAUAAAUGUCGUUUAUAAUAAAUCUCAUUUAAACGCUAUAUAGCAAA